AUGGGCUGCUGCAAAUCAUCUGAUAAUAGAACCUAAGAGGAUUUUGAAUCUAAAAAACCUCAAAAGCAUUCAGAGAAUCUUUAAAAUAAUAAAUAAUAUUCUGAAUAAGAACCAAAGGAGAAGGUCUCUGAAAAAAAAACUCAAGCAGAUUUUUCUGAUUAAAAAUUUAAUAAUAAUGAAUCUUAAAAUGCCUUAGCACUCUAUAAUAAUGAUAAUGAAGCAAGUAAUACUAGGAUUAUGCUUUAUUAAAAUAAAAAUCAAUAAAUCUUAGCUGCUUAAUAUAGUAAUCAAUAUUAAAGGAUUUAAUAUCUAUAAUCAACGUAUAAAACAAAUACAUUUUCUGAUUCUUAAGUGGAGCUUUAGCAAAAUCAAGAGGAUGAUAGUGAAAAUAACUAGGAUCACAAUAUGUCUAUGUUAAGAAUUAGCAUGAUUGGGCACAAGUCUAAUUCAGAUAAUACAAAAAUUGUUUUGUAUUAGAAAAUGAUAUAACUCAACUUUGAUAAGGAUAAGAUGUAAAUGAUUUUAAGCUAAAAUAUUUCUAUCGGAAAUAUAAAUUCUUAAAAUAUUUAGUACUCGUAAUAAUUUUAUUAGUAUCGUAUGUACAGCUACUUUAAGCAAAAAGAAUCUAAAGAAAAUGCUUUAAAAACUAAACAAUAGGCAGUGAGUGAUCAAGUUGAGCGGAUGAUGAAAGAAAAGAUUCAAAAAAAUAGAUCAAGCUUUGAUUUAUGCUUUUAAGAGAUAGCUUUACUAGCUUUGAAAGCUUAUUAUCAGAAGCAAUAAACAAAUUUGCUAUUUGAAUCACCUGACAGAGAUAAUAAUAUUCUAAAUAAUAUGGAUGAUGAUGAUGAUGACUCUUUCAGUGAAGAAGAUGAGGAUUAUGAAGAUAUUUAAAGACACUUUACCUAAAUAGGUUUUAAUCUGGAAACAUAUUAUCAACUCAAUUUAAAUAAUAAUUAAAUAGGCUGGAAUUGCUAAUAAAUUAAAAAUAAUGAAAAGGGUUUUAUUGACUUUUUAAGGUAAUAAAUUUUAAAAAAAUAUAAAAAUUUGAAAGAGGAUGAUAUUAUUAUCCUCAGCAUAACAGAUGGAAAAGUUGUAGAUUUUAUAUGCCCAAUAUAACUUGAAAACAUCUAAGUUGGAAAUCAAAUAUUUAGGUAAGUUACUAAGAAGUCUAUAGUUAAGGAACUCAAACUAAAAUUAAAAUAUUUUGAUCAUAAAUAUAACUAAAAAUGGCAGACUACUAACUUGAAAUGCUAUAGAGGGAAAAUAAAUAAUAAUAAAUAGGAAUACCACCUUCCAUUCGAUUAUUAUGGAUUAGGAUUAAGGGUUCUAGAUAAAUAUCCUCAAGAUGGUUGGAUAAAUUCAGAUACAAGCGAUUCUACUUGGAUUGUUCUUUUUCACUCUACACGUCCAGAAUCUUUAUAACCUAUUUUAGAAAAUGGGUUUAAAGAAGGAUAAGGUUAAAGGUAUGAAAAAAGCCUAUGCAGAUUUGGAAGAGGUAAAGUUGGGAAAGGUGUCUAUUUUUCGGACAAUAUUAAAAAUUGCGAAAAAUUUGGAUCUCAAAUUUCUGUCUGUGGUAAAGACUACUAAUUAGUUUUUUAAUGCAGAGUUAAUCCAAAAACAGUAAAAAGUCCUUCAGAUAAGUAAUCAUACUAUGUUGUCAAUGAACCUAAAGAUAUUAGACCUUACAGGAUAUUAAUUAAAGAAAAAAAAUGA